AGCUGAGCGGAAGUGCGAUUCGGAGGUAAAGCAGCAGGCUGAAGGUGUUAGCUAGCGGGGGAGUGAUGAUGGAGGAUACUAUAGCGGACACACGGAGGCUCUACGCCAAACCACAAAACUUGAGUGAUGCUUACGGACCUCCGAGUAACUUCCUGGAGAUUGAUGUGGGCAAUCCGGAGACGGUGGGAGUCGGACGGGGAAGAUUCACUACAUACGAGAUCAGACUGAAGACAAACCUUCCCAUUUUCAAGCUGAAGGAGUCAUGUGUCAGGAGGAGAUACAGUGACUUCGAGUGGCUCAGAGGAGAGCUGGAGAGGGAGAGCAAGGUGGUCGUUCCUCCUCUGCCAGGGAAAGCCCUGUUCAGGCAGCUCCCAUUUCGUGGAGAUGACGGCAUCUUUGACGACUCCUUCAUUGAGGAGCGGCGGCAAGGCCUGGAGCAGUUCCUCAACAAAGUGGCUGGUCAUCCAUUGGCCCAAAACGAGCGUUGCUUGCACAUGUUCCUUCAGGAUGAAUCUGUGGAUAAAAACUACACCCCCUCCAAAGUCAGACAUGCCUGAACCACCCACACUGGAACUCUCUGCACACGUGAGAAGUCUUGUCUGACCCGAACUCUUCCCUUGGGAUUAAAAACGAUGAAUCCUAUAGCUCAUCUGAACCAUUCACACAGCAUACAACAUAUGGUCCUGAGCCAAAAAAAAACCCCGUCUCUGAAGCUCAAACUUUUUAAAGGAAAAACUCAGCGUUUGCACUGGUAGAACAAAUUGAAUUGUCAGCACUUUUUAAAAUCGGUGCUCUGUCCCUAGAGGUCAGUUUGUAUGCUGAUUUUUGAACAAUAACUUCUGCUCUAAAAUAAGACAAAAAUGAGGCAUGUCAUGUUUUAGGUUUGUGAAUAUCAUGGUAGUUCAGAGGCCCCACUAACUUUGAGAUUUGAGGCUCAGGAUGAUAUUGCAAGAAAUAACCAAACCAAAAACACUUCCACAUGUAUGCAAACAUUUAUCAUGGCUGGAGUAAAUUCUAGUAAGUUUUUUCUUUUAAACUAAUAAUUCUCAAAGCAUUUAUUUGACACAUGGCUUUUUUUUUUUCCUCCCCCAAUACUUGCACUACUUCUUGAACACAAACUACGAUUAUUCCUUCCCUCACAGAGCAGAACACACUUCAGUAACGCCUCUUCGAAGUGAAGUGUGUGAACUAUAACAACCACACAGCCAAAAGCUGGGCUGAGCCUCAAUGAAUCUGUUUGGGUUUUAUUCCUAAAUGAAGUACAUGUUAACACAAGGCCACUGUUUGUGCAUGUUUCUGGAUUUGUAUAUUGCUGUGCCAUUUAUUUGUUUCUGAAAAUUUUCCAAUAAAACUUCCACACAGAUGGUGAAAA